CAUUCACAAUAUAAAAAACACCCCUUAAUGCUUCUAAUUCUGCAGUCUCUUCUUCUGAUCCUUAUUUUUUGGUCAUUCAUUCACACAACAAAGUAUAUUAGGGGUUUUACUUUUUUCUUGACUUAGUGACAUCUUCCUUUGCAAGAACCUUAAAUAGCUUACAAACACAACCUCUUCUCAACACCAAAGUCAUCGUGAUUUUUAUCCAAAUUCUCAACACACUUUCUCAUUAGAGCAAAUCCUAAAAGGGCGGCAGAAGCUUUGAAAACAGAAAAUUUCUUGGGAGGCACAUAACAAGGCCUUGAACUAAGCAAAUUUGUACACACUAACAACAAUACAGGUGUUGAUAUCUUGAGAAGCUUCUCUAUAUAUUUGCAUUUGGUUUUCUUGGACAAAGAAAUUCAGAGAGAGAGAGAGAACAUGGAGGAGAGGAAUGAGAUGGAAAGAAUUGAUGAUGUGAUGCCAGGAUUUCGUUUUCACCCCACUGAUGAAGAGCUUGUUGAUUUUUAUCUCAAGAGAAAAAUUCAGCAGAAGUCUCUUCCUAUUGAACUCAUUAAGCAAGUGGAUAUUUACAAAUAUGAUCCAUGGGACCUUCCAAAGCUGGCAGGUACUGGGGAGAAAGAGUGGUAUUUCUACUGUCCAAGGGACAGAAAAUACAGGAACAGUGCACGUCCAAAUAGAGUCACAAGAGCUGGGUUUUGGAAGGCCACUGGAACUGACAGGCCUAUAUAUUCCUCUGAAGGAAAGUGCAUUGGUUUGAAGAAGUCUCUUGUGUUCUACAGAGGAAGAGCUGCUAAAGGAAUGAAAACUGACUGGAUGAUGCAUGAGUUUAGGCUUCCUUGCAUAUCAGACUCAUCCCCUCCCAAAAAACUCUCUGACAAAAGCCUCCCUCCAAGUGAUUCAUGGGCAAUUUGUAGGAUAUUCAAGAAAGCCAAUUCCUUCUCCAUGGCACAAAAAGCAUUAUCUCUCCCUUGGAUCUCUCAGUUACCUGGAGGCAUGGUAUCUGACAUGUUCACACAAGGUUUAAACUGCCAUAACAUAGAAUCACCAGCCAUUCAAUUUUGUGGUGACAAGCAGGAUGAGUUACACCAAGUCUCCAACAAUGCCAUCAACACCAACUUCACAGCCUCAGAUAUUCCCACUUACAAGCCCAUCAACAACAGCACAGCUUCCAAAAGUCCUGUUUCAGAUGGAGACCUUGCUGCUGACAACUUCAUAUUCUACACAGGGCCCACCAAGUGCUGCAGCACACUACUUGAUGCCACUAAUUCCAUGCUUUCUCAUCCCAACCCUGACUACAUAGCAUUUGAAGAGCCAAACCAACAACAUUAUAGUGGCUUCUCAAUCAAUCUACCUCAAGAUAUGCAACAAAACAUGAGCACAGAAACAGGAACCACUGGAUUUCCCUUCAGUUUGAGUCCUCCUUAUGAUGCUGCUUGGAAGGCUUCUUCUGUGGCAUGGGAUUCACCUCCUUGCCCUAGUGACAUGUCCACUACCUAUUCCACUAAUAAAUGCUACACUUAAUUAAACAAAUUAGGGGCAUUCAUGGUGUGAUCAGGUAUUGGCAAUAGAAGACUUUUGGCUUGUUAGUAGUUACCAUUUUGUUUUUACAAUUUUAGUAUAUUUAUCACUAAAAUCAAUACCAUUAGGUACUGAUUUUUCUUGUAAAUGUACAAGUGCUAUCACUUUUUCCCUGUUCAUAUUUAUAUGUACCUGAAUGUAACUACCAGUACCACCUAGAAACAAAAGAGCCACAAAUUUUAUGAACCAUGUGCUGGGAAAAUAGAUCUUCUCAUGUUGGUUUUUCAUGUGACAGGGUCAUGUGAAGGAAGAAAAAAAAAUGUAGACACAAAGAUUUCAAGGUCUUAUGAAAAUUUGUGGGAUCAUUGUCUCUGUGUCUAUAUUUUUUAUUCACGUGAUUUUUAUCAUUUGAAAAACUCUCUUGGAAUUAUUCGUUUUUGGA